CAAUAGUCUGGUUGCUCCCAGUACAAUCCCUGAAGUCUCUUUGCCAGAGGUUGGAGUGAGACCCCAGUCCUAGGCUGGGGCUCAUUUCAUAUAGAGGAGACGGAUUCAGAGGGGCUACAGACCAAGAUUGUUGAGAACCAGACAUACGAUGAGCGUAUAGACAUUAACGACUCAGAAGAGGUUGCAAGUAUUUUUACUCCAACCUCAGGCCAAGUGUUUCCUCAUUCCUCUCAUCUUCCUGACAAGACUAUGGCUGAUAACAGCAGUGAUGAGUAUGAAGAGGAAAAUAACAAGGAGAAGAAGUCCUCACAGUUGACAUCUCAGCGGGGCUUCAGUGAAAAUGAUGAUGAUGACGACUCAUCUGAAACUGAUUCUGAUGAAGACGACGAUGAUGAAGAGCAUGGGGCCCCUCUGGAAGGGGCUUACGAUCCUGCAGACUAUGAGCACUUGCCAGUUUCUGCUGAGAUUAAGGAGCUCUUCCAGUACAUUAGUAGGUAUACACCUCAGCUGAUUGACCUGGACCACAAACUGAAACCGUUUAUUCCUGACUUUAUCCCGGCUGUUGGGGAUAUUGAUGCAUUCUUAAAGGCUCCACGCCCUGAUGGAAAACCUGACAACCUUGGCCUGUUGGUGUUGGAUGAACCGUCUACAAAACAGUCAGACCCUACAGUGCUUUCACUGUGGUUAACGGAGAAUUCCAAGCAACACAACAUUACACAACAUAUGAAAGUAAAGAGUCUAGAAAAUGCAGAAAAGAAUCCAAAAGCUAUCGACACCUGGAUUGAGAGCAUCUCUGAGUUACACCGUUCUAAGCCCCCUGCAACUGUGCACUACACCAGGCCCAUGCCUGAUAUUGACACCCUGAUGCAGGAAUGGUCCCCAGAGUUUGAAGAGCUUUUGGGCAAGGUGAGCCUGCCCACAGCCGAGAUCGAUUGCAGCCUGGCUGAGUACAUUGACAUGAUCUGUGCCAUCCUAGACAUCCCUGUCUACAAGAGUCGGGUUCAGUCCCUCCACCUGCUCUUUUCUCUCUACUCAGAAUUCAAGAACUCACAGCAUUUUAAAGCUCUCGCUGAAGGCAAGAAAGCAUUCACCCCUCCAUCCAACUCUACCUCCCAAGUAGGUGACGCAGAGACCCUGACCCUCAGCUGAGACCCCUUCCAGAGCUCUCCUUCAAGGCUGAGACCCAGGGAUUCUUAUCAGCCACCUUGUCAGCUGCUGGGCACCUGGGCUAAGGCAGUGAAUCUUGCUUCCUGUCUGUCACAGCAUGUCACACAUUCACUAACCUGCCAACCGGCUUGUCCUGUCUCAGAGGAGCUGGGACCUACCACUGCAAGGACUUGAGUCAGAUUUGGAUUGCUGAGACCCCACAGAGCAUGGGCUGGGAGGAAAGAUUAAAAGGUGUUCUUUUGGGGGAUAAGGAUGAAAUUACUUUCUUUCAUUUUUAAAGUUAGUUGGCACGGGUUUUACAAAUAAAAUGUUCUGUCAGGUUGUGAUGUGAUAGAAAUUUUUGGUUUUUGUCCAUAGAUCCUGCUCAUUACUCCCAUUUCUUUUAUUAUUUCCUAAGUGAUUAGAAUAAUAUUGGGGGAGGGGAGUUUUAGGUCUCAAAAACAGGCUUCAGAGCUGGGCUGAGUGGUGCAUAUCUAUAA